UUUCGACGACCAAACGAGGAGAUCGCAAUUCACCCUCGGCCCGCGAUGGCCAAGACGUUCGACGCUCAAGCUUCGCUCCCCAAGCUCCCGAUCCCAGAGCUUGCCGACAGUCUUAAGUACUAUGCGCGAUCGGUCAGUGUCCUCCAGACGCCCGAGCAACACGCGGCUACCCUCGAGAAAAUCGAGUCGUUCCUCGCGCACGACGGAGCGGCGCUCCAGGAAAAGCUCAUCGAGUACGCCAAGGACAAGAACAGCUUCAUCGAAGACUUUUGGUAUGAAGCGUACUUUAACUACAAGGCGUCCGUCGUCCUCAACGUGAAUCCGUUCUUCGUUCUCGAAGACGACCCGACGCCGACGCGAGCCAACCAGAUCAGCCGCGCGACGUCGCUCAUCGUCAGCAGUCUUAAGUUUAUUCAUGCUCUUCGCACGGAAACGAUGAAGCCAGACGUAUGGCGCACGACACCGCUGUGUAUGAACCAGUUCCGCAUGCUCUUUGCCACAGCGCGAUAUCCCACCGAGACCAACGACGGCGUGCAUGUCGCUCCCAACUCCAAGCAUAUUGUUGUCGUGUGCCGGUACGUGCGGCGGCUGUCGCGACUUGGACGAACAACCCUCGACUGUGUGGCGUAGCAAUCAGUUCUACUGGUUUGACGUGAUGUGGGACGACGGGACGGCCGCCAUCACGGAGCGUGAAAUCAUGGACAACCUGCGCCGCAUCGUGGAAGAUGCGAACUCGUUCCCUGCUGCGGCUGUGUCGUCGUCGGCCGUUGGAGUGCUGACAACCGAACACCGCGUGAUCUGGGCGAAGCUGCGCAAAGUUCUCCAACAAGACAACGCCGACACCCUGGCCAUGAUCGAUCAGGCGCUGUUCUUGGUGUGCUUAGACCACACGUCGCCCCCCACGGCGUCCGACUUUGCGUCGACCGCGCUCCACGGCACGUACGAGAUUGCCCACGGAUAUCAAACCGGGACGUGCAUGAACCGUUGGUACGACAAGCUUCAGAUUAUCGUGUGCGACAACGGCGUCGCUGGCGUCAACUUUGAGCACUCGGUGGUGGAUGGCCACACGGUGCUUCGUUUUGCGUCGGAUGUGUUUACAGACACCGUGAUUCGGUUUGCGCAGAGCAUCAGCGGCACGACGCAGUCUUUCUUGACGGGGGCGUACCGUCCGCCGUCGGCCGACUUGACCAUUUCGCCCGUGCGGUUGGAAUGGACCCUCAACGCGGAGUUGACGCAAGGCAUUCGCUUUGCCGAAGCUCGGCUGAGCGACUUGAUUGUUCAAAAUGAAACCCGCGUGUUGGAGUUCAAAACGUACGGCAAGUCGUUCAUCACCAAGCACAACUGCUCCCCCGACGCGUACGUGCAAAUCGCUUUCUUGGCGGCGUACUACCUCCAAUACGGCACGAUCGUCAACCAGUACGAGCCUGCCAUGACCAAACGAUUCCUCCACGGACGCACGGAAGCGAUUCGAUCGAUGACAGCCGAGACCAAGAAAUUCCUCGAACUGUUUGUCGAUGCCAGCGCCAACUUGCUCGAAAAGACGGCAGCGCUGCGCGCGGCAGUGCAAGCGCACUCGGCCAUGGUCAAGCGCUGCAUGAAUGGACAAGGCGUCGAGCGGCACUUGUAUGCGCUUCAGCAACUACACCACAUCGUGUCGCCGGGCGAGCCCGAGCCUGCGUUCUUUCGGGAUGACGCAUGGCUCAAGCUCGGUCGCAGCAUCAUCUCGACGAGCAACUGCGGGAACCCGUCGCUGCGCCUCUUUGGGUUUGGCCCGGUUGUCCCUGAAGGGUUUGGCAUCGGCUACAUCAUCAAGGACGACGGCAUCCAGUUUUGCGUCGCAUCCAAGCACCGCCAGACGCAGCGCUACUGCGACACGUUGGAAUCGUACUUGGUUCAAAUGCAAAACCUGCUGACCAAGGAAGAGCACGUCAUGUUUCCCAACUUAGCCAAGUCAACUCGAUGUCAUGCUGGUCUCGGUCGCCAGCGAUCGGGGUCGAUCGAAGACACGGGAUAUGGAUUCUUCGACGGCGGAGCCACCGACCAGCGCAAAGUGAACAAGACUCCGUUGGUCGGGCGCAAGUUGUAAGCCAAACAAAACUCGAGCGUUGUAAUGCACGAGCAACCGUGUUGCAUGUGGUGCCUCGCCCGCAUUGCCGCAACAGUUUGUCGUGGCGCUUGUAGACGAGUGUGUGGAUGAGCUUCCCACUCUUUCGUGGCUCUCGGGCAAUGGCGAACAAAAGCGACGGUGGUGUUAUUACGUAGACGACUCGCCCCCGA